AUGGAAGAAGGUAUCGCCAUCUAUGAAGAUGCUGUCCUUGAUAGUCCUUGUAGUUAUUGCAAACUCCUCGAAUUUAACGAUCUCCAGCAAGGCGGCGAUGCUCGAGUAUCGAAAGAUGGGACUCCGUUUGUUUACUUUGGGGUUAUUCAAGAUACGAUGAACAACAUUCUUGGAGGAGGAAUAAUGCAUCCACAAUCGCCCGAACACGAAGAGAAGAGGGAUUUUGCUAAAACGGAAUUUCAACUUGGAUAUCACAGAAGCGAUACCUUGCCAGAUCUGCCUGAAAUGGCUAAAACUGCCUCUCAGGGCUGUACGUUCUGUUAUAUGCUAAGGAAAGAUAUCUCAUGUGUGUGGGAUAAGAAAAUUCGAAAUUCGUUGAUUUACAAUCUUCCCGAGAACGAAAAGACCGAUCGUGCAAAGCUCACCAUCACAGAUAUUACGUAUAAAUUCAGUGGCGGUAGUCGAAUAGCAAAUGGGAAGGGUGGCGAGGAAUUCGAUAUAAGGCCCUGGCUUGAUAUGUUAAUGGUCUACUUCACUGUCAAGUUAGAAGGGGGGAAAGGAAACGACUUCUCGUUUCAUUACAACUUCCAUACCCAGAGUUCUGAUCCAUCUGCAAUAUGGCUUAAUCUCUGGCGUCGACCAAUUCCUCUGGGGGGCUUUUCGGCAGCCCGCCUUGAAAGGUUGAACGAACUUGUCCACCGGACUCUCAUCGAGUUCCCCUCUUCGACAGAGGAUACGUACUUACCAACACGUCUGAUCGAUGUCGGGACGAAGACAACUGAACAUCUAAAAUUAAUUAUCACAAAAGAAUAUCAACCUUUGUUGGAGGUUGAGGAUCAUGAAUCUCUAAGAUACGUGGCUCUAAGCUAUUGUUGGGGUUCAGGGGAUAGUGCAAAGGAGCAGCUGAAAACAACCAAGGAUUCCCUUGAGGAUCACCUCCAAGGAAUCAAGCCGGAGACAUUACCCAAGACUAUAGCAGAUGCUGUUAUGAUUUGCCGGGAGAUCGGGGUUCGAUAUAUCUGGGUAGAUGCUCUAUGCAUCAUCCAAGGCGACGAAGAAGACUGGACGAGGGAAUCAUUCAAGAUGUCUCAAGUUUAUGCCAAAAGCUUUCUUACGCUCUGCGUUCUCCGAGGUGACUCCUGUUCGAGUGGGUUCUUAGGGAAACGGGUUUCCCAAGCAACACUACGCAUCAGCUUCCGUUCUACGCUCGAUACCUCGAUCUCCGGUAGUUUGUACCUAAGCAUGUCUCAACCACCAACGGACAAUCUCAAAGAACACAAUCAGCUUUUCGGCAGGCCCACGGCUCACACAGAUCGAGUCGCGGAAGUAGAGUUUCGGGAUUCUACCUGGAAUUCUCGAGGAUGGACCUUGCAGGAAGCCCUCCUUUCACCCCGCAAGAUCUACUUCGGCAACCUCAUGAUGUACGCGACCUGCGGAAAGUUCUGCGAGUCGGAGGACGGAACGCGGUUCAUGAAUUGGACUCAGUCUAGGGCGUUCCCGUUGCCGACGGAAGAGAAAUCAACCGUGCUCUGGUCUUCGCCAUGGUACAGUGUGCUUUCAGAGUACUUUACCCGGAGCUUGUCGUAUAACCAGGACAAGCUACCCGCUAUUUCCGCGUUAGCGAGGACCUUUUCGCAUAUGUACCCAGGCCAGAGGUAUCUAGCUGGACUAUGGGAUUCCGAUAUCGAAAGCGGGCUUCUUUGGACUCCCAACGUAAUAGAAGAUGCUCAUAUUUACUUACAGAAGCGUAAAGAUGAGUAUAUUGCGCCUACGUGGAGUUGGGCAUCCAACCCGAAAAUGACUCGUUGGGUCUGGGGCGUUGGACAGUCAGACCACUUCUUUAUUAAAGAGUUUGAGCUUCGAGAGUCGGAGAUUAUCACGCAAGAGAUGAACCCCUAUGGAAGGGUAUAUGGUGGACAUCUACUACUCCACGCAAAGACAUCUCGGGUGCCACUCGGCGAUGAUGACAAACCGAAUGUUUUGAGGGUGGAACGUGGCGAUAGUUCCGAAUACACAUGGUUGGGUAUCAUUUUCCCCUACGGUCUCCGGUCGAAAGACGGUGAAUAUAUUGCGUAUUUACAGUUUGAUUGGGACAUGAACGGAUACAAGAAUACCGAUAGAUAUCCUGAUGGACCGAUAGAUCGUCUUUCGAUGGUGUUACUUUCAAGUUGCGGUCUUAAUCGUGUAAAUAUGAAUUCUCGCAAAUAUCUCAAAGACCCGGAGAUAAUGCUUGGACUUUUAGUUAUGGAAGCAGAUGACGGGGGAGGAUUUGAGAAGGUCGGACUUUUCUAUUCUGAAAAUAAGGGCCUAGGAGGGAGGAAGUUUUGGGAGGACAUCGAACGGCAGGAAAUCAAGCUCGUAUAG